AUGGGGUGCGCGCAGUCGCGGAUCGAGAACGAGGAGGCGGUGGCGCGAUGCAAGGAGCGCCGCCAGCACAUGAAGGCGGCAGUGGCGGCGCGCAACGCCUUCGCCGCCGCGCACUCCGCCUACGCCUUCUCCCUGCGCGACACCGGCGCCGCGCUCUCCGAGUUCGCGCACGGGGAGGGGGUGCCGCCACCGCCGCCCCCACCUCCGUCGGCCGCGGAGCCGAAACCCGCCAGGCUCUCCGCCGCCGCGGCCCCUGCGCCGGCGCCGAUUGAGGAGGAAAUGCCGCCGCCGCCGCCCAUCGACACGAUGCUGCCGCCGCCGCCGCCGCUGCCGGAGUUCUCGCCCUCGCCGGGGAAGAUCCACCGCUCCAUGAGCAUGCCCAUGCCGCCCAAGGCCGAGGCCCGGGGCCCCGCCGCCAUGCUCCACAGCGACUCCAUCCGCGAGGAGGACGAGUUAGAAGAAGACGACGAGGACGCCACCGACGACGACGACGACGCGCGUCUCGACGACCGGCGCCGCCGGCUGCGGCACCGACACCAGCCGCCACCCACCUCAUCCCCGCCUCCCCCCGAAACCCCCAUAACCCCCCAGCCACCCCCUCCGCCACCGCCCCCGCCCCAGCUCGACCCCAAGUCCGGGAGCGUCGACACCUGGGACUACUUCUUCUCCAUGGAGGAGGGGAUGGCGGCGACCCUCGCCACCGAGGACGACGAGAUCGUCCCAGACCCGGAAGACGCCACCUACAUCCCCGCCUCCCCACCCCCUCCACCCCGCUCCCCUCCCCCACCUCCUCCUCCCCCACCAGCACCCAUACCAUCCUCCUACGACGACGAGGACGAACCCCGCACGCCGGAGAUGGCCACGCCGCCCCCGACCCUCCCGCCCAAGCACCCCAAGAAGAAGAAGGGCAAGGGCAAGGUGAAGCCGAAAAACAAGGAGUUCCACCACCAGCACACCGAGUCCGCUCCCGUGGUCACGGGCUGGGGCAAGCCCGGCCACGGCAAGGUCGCCCCCGCCGAGGCGGCGGCGCCGCGCGUGGAUCUCCUCCGCGUGCUCAAGGAGAUCGACGACAGCUUCCUCAGGGCCUCCGAGAGCGCCAAGGAGGUCUCCACCCUGCUCGAGGCCAACCGGAUGCACUACCACUCCAACUUCGCCGACAACGCCAAGGGACAUAUUGAUCAUUCUGCUAGAGUUAUGCAAAUAAUAACAUGGAAUAGAUCCUUCAGCGGCUUGCAAAAUGGUGAUGAUGGGAAGGAUGAUUUUGAAAAUGAUCCAUCGGAGACUCUGGCAACCGUCGUAGAUAAAAUUUUAGCCUGGGAGAAAAAGCUGUAUGAUGAAGUGAAGGCUGGUGAGAUUAUGAAGCUUGAGUAUCAGCGGAAGGUUGCUUUGUUAAAUAGACAAAAGAAAAACAAUGCUGGUAUUGAUGUUCUGGAGAAAACUAAAGCUGCUGUAACCCAUUUGCAUACAAGAUACAUAGUUGAUAUGCAAUCAAUGGAUUCAACUGUGUCAGAGAUUCAGCAUCUCCGUGAUAAUCAACUUUAUCAAAAACUUUUGGAUCUUGCUGACAGGAUGGCAAAAAUGUGGGAAGACAUGCACAUCCAUCAUGCAAACCAGCUGAAAACUGUGUUGGAUCUCAAGGCAGCUGACAUUUCUGAUUCCAAUAUUGAAACAAGUGCACAUCACCACAGCCACACCCGCCAGCUGCGUGAUAUUGUAGAGAAGUGGACCGCAAAUUUUAGUGAUCUCAUGAGCCAUCAGAAGGAGUACAUAAAUGCUCUCUACAGCUGGUUAAAAUUGAACCUUAUACCUAUAGAGAGCAGCUUAAAGGAGAAAGUAGCAUCGCCACCAAGGAUGCAGCAGCCUCCUGUUAAAGCUCUUCUCCAAUCAUGGAAUGAGCAACUAGCCAAGCUACCUGAUGAUCUUGCCAGACAUGCCAUCAUUAGCUUUCGGGCAGUCCUGGACACCAUAUUAAGUGUCCAAGAUGAGGAGUUGAAACAGAAGGAGAACUGUAACCAACUUCACAAGGAAUAUGUGCGGAAAGCUCGGGCGUUCGAGGACUGGUAUCACAAGCAUGGACAGCGCAGAACUUUUGAUGAUCCAGAGAGCGGCGAGGGGACGAGCCAAAAGGAUGCAAUUUCGGAGAAGAGAUUUGCUGUAGAGAGCCUGAAAAGCAAGCUGGACGAUGAGGUUGAAGUCCAUAAUAAGUUGUCAAAGCAAGUCAGGGAGAAAUCUCUUUCGAUCCUGAAAGCACACCUGCCAGAGCUGUUCCGUGCCCUGACUGACUUCUCUAGUGCUUCUUUCGGUAUGCACUCACAGCUAAGAUUGAUGUCACUCAUGCAGGAUCAGGGUAGUCAUAACUAGCUCAAGAACAUGUACAGGAGUUAGGGUCCUAGUAACAAUCUCUCUUGAAAUGUUGUAACGUUUGUAUUGUCCUCCCUAGCCUUUUUGCGGUAUGUAUGUGUAGUAGAUUUUUAGAUGAGAACA